CUUCUCCAGUCGGUGGCGGAGAAAGGAGACCAGGGAGUGCAGGAGUGUGGAGGUGGCAGUUGUGCACUGUUCAUAGUAUGCAGCGAUUACUCUUUCCGCCCUUGAAGGCAGUGAUGGGGAGCCCGUGUCUCCGGCUCUUGAUUCCUGGGGCGGCGCCUAGAACACAGUGUGGUUGCAGCUGUGGGAUCAGGCGCCCCUUGAGGCCAGGGCAAUACAGCACCAUCUCUGAAGUAGCUUUGCAACCUGGAAGGGGUACAGUGUCCCAUCCUUCAAAGGCUGCUGAGCGGGUGGUGGGCCGAUGGCUCCUGGUCUGCAGUGGAACAGUGGCUGGAGCAGUUAUUCUUGGUGGAGUAACUAGGUUGACAGAGUCUGGCCUCUCAAUGGUAGAUUGGCAUUUAAUAAAGGAGAUGAAGCCACCUACAAGCCAAGAAGAAUGGGAAGCAGAAUUCCAAAAAUAUCAGCAGUUUCCAGAAUUUAAAAUCUUGAAUCAUGAUAUGACGUUGGCAGAAUUCAAGUUCAUCUGGUACAUGGAGUACUCACACCGAAUGUGGGGUCGCCUUGUAGGCCUCGCAUACAUCCUGCCUGCUGUCUACUUUUGGAGAAAGGGCUGGCUCACCCAUGGCCUGAAAGGACGUGUUCUUGCCCUCUGUGGUUUAGUUUGCUUCCAGGGCCUGUUGGGAUGGUAUAUGGUGAAAAGUGGCUUAGAAGAGAAACCAGAUUCCCAUGACAUCCCUCGGGUCAGUCAUUACCGCCUCGCUGCCCACCUGGGAUCGGCCCUUGUGCUUUAUUGUGCCAGCUUGUGGACCUCACUCUCACUGCUGCUACCUCAGCACAAGUUGCCUGAAACGCGUCAACUCCUGAGGUUGAGACGAUUUGCUCAUGGAACUGCAGGCCUGGUGUUCCUUACGGCUCUCUCAGGGGCUUUUGUGGCAGGGCUGGAUGCUGGGCUUGUUUACAACUCCUUCCCCAAGAUGGGAGAAUCUUGGAUCCCAGAGGAUCUCUUUACCUUCUCCCCUCUCCUGAGGAAUGUUUUCGAGAAUCCCACCAUGGUGCAGUUUGAUCACCGGAUUCUGGGAAUCACUUCAGUUGCUGCCAUUACAGCACUCUACUUCCUCUCCCGGAGAAUUCCCCUUCCUCGAAGGACCAAGAUAGCAGCAGUGACUCUGCUAGCUUUGGCAUACACACAGGUGGGCUUGGGCAUUAGCACUCUGCUGAUGUACGUCCCAACUCCUUUGGCUGCCACUCACCAGUCGGGCUCCCUGGCUGUGCUCAGUGUUGCCCUUUGGCUCAUGAAUGAACUCAGAAGAGUCCCAAAAUAAUUCUCAAGGAUCAGCUUCCUAGGACUGAAACUGUGCUUUUGAGAGAUUAUCAGAGAACACAAGAACUUGAGCUUUUCUGAGAGGAUUACCUUGGCAUACCAAGUGGUUUCCGAAUUGGUCAAGUUAUAUAAAUUGUUUGCCUGUUUUUGGGACGGUCACUGAAUCAAGAAAGUCAUUAAGUAUGGUUAUGCUGAAGGUUCCUUUUUAAAUCCAUUACU